AGUGGAGCUGCAGCAGCGACAAGCGGCUUACAGAGGAGAAACACACAGCUGCUCCCUCUCUCUCUCCCUCUCUCUCUGAGUCUGAGAGAGUCUCUGGAGUCACCGGUGGACAUGACCGACUGACAUUCACACUUUCUUUCCUCCUUUCAAGCCCAGUUUUCGAUGGCUCUGAGAGAGAGUUUUCUCACCUGGAUCUUCCUGCUGUGCUCUCCGACAUGGAGCUUGGUUUGGACUUUCACCACACACGGCGACCCUUCGGCGACUCCUAGAUUUCAUCGAAGCACUUCACCUGCCACCGAGACGAGGACGAACAGCACAGAGGCUCCUACCAACAAUUAUACAGGCCUGAGCUGUGAGUCUCUGCUCCCCCCUCGGCGAGGUUCUUUCUAUGUAGAGAAGGGCACUGGGAUGUCUUUGGGCACGGUGCUGGCGUUCUGGUGCCUCGAGGGAUACCAGCUGGUGGGCAGUGAGAAAAUCACUUGCGUCCUGCGCAGCGGCACCGCUCAGUGGAGCAACUACCCACCCGACUGCGAGGCCAUUCCCAAACCAGAGGACCGUGGCCUGAGAGUGGCUGUGCUGGCAUCGGUAGUAAGCAGCAUCGUCAUACUCGCCAUGUCCGUCUCCUUCAUCAUCUGCUGCCUGCAGGAGCGCAUGAGUAAAGAGAGAGCGGAACGGACCAACGAACGGCGCAGGACGAGAGACAAGCGCAAAUCAUCCUGGAGGACUGAGUGCUGGUUGGAGCGUGAGGAAGGAGACUGGGAAGCGUUUCCUCCUCCUAAAAUUUAUAAUCUUUCCCAGCACCUCGACCCCCAUCUGAGCCCUGAGAGCCCGGUUUAUAUGGGAGGACUGGCUGGUUAUGAUAACCGAGGAUAUCAGAGGAGUCAGGAAAACCUCCUAAAAGCUCCUCUUCCUGGCCUUUACCGUACGGAGAGUCAGAUGUACCCACAUGUGGUCCUGCAGAGGGUCCCGACGCCCACCGUCCCAACAGCACCCACUGCACCCGUCUACCUCCGCCUCUCCACUCCUCCAUCCACAGAAAGCCCCAGCAGUCAAAACGCUCUGCCGCCAUACCCCAGUGCCGCCCCACCGCGUCUGUGGUCAUAACAACACACUUUUGAGCAUUCACAACUUUUAUAGCUGUGCUAUGGAGACGGAUUACGGCCCUGACACCCAAAACAGCUCCUGUAGAGAGACUGUGGGCUUCAGAAACACUACAGGAAUGAUGGAGUUCAGUAACACAUCUGCACAGGCAUUGGGCCGCGUGUGGGUUUCUGUGUAGUUGCACUUUAUGUGUAAAGGAGUAAAGGUUUCUCGGCGUGUAAAGUUAUAUUAGGAGAGGCGAGGACUCUGUGAUCUGCAUUUUCAGAUGAUACUUUUUAUUUUUUCGUGGCAGAGACUAUUAACACUCAUCAGAGGAAUCAUCAUGCACUAAAAUAAAUUAUUAAAAAA